AUGAUCCAAUUUCUUGAUGGGAAAUUCAGAGAACAGCAUCCGCAGCAGUACACUGCAUCCGUUGUGCAUCAGCCAGUGGGUGAAUACUUCACGCCACCUACACAGCUGGAACGUGUUGGACACAACAUUGCAUGUGCAUCAUAUCCAUUUUCCGAUUCAUAUUAUGGGGGAGUUGUGCCUGCUUGUGGACCUCAGGCUUUAGUUCAUUCUCAUUGUGUUGGAGUGCAUCAAGCUAGAAUGGCAUUGCCCCUUGAAAUGGCAGAGGAACCUGUCUAUGUGAAUGCCAAGCAGUACCAUGGAAUUCUGAGACGAAGGCAGAUACGUGCCAAGGCUGAGUUGGAAAAGAAACUGAUAAAAGUCAGAAAGCCCUAUCUUCACGAGUCCAGACAUUUACAUGCUAUGAGGAGGGCAAGAGGUUGUGGAGGUCGUUUCUUAAACACGAAGAAGGGUGAUGCUCAUGCUUCUAAUGCGUCACAUGACAAUGGAACAAACCCUACCGUGACAGUUUCAACACAUCCUAGUAACUCCACAAGCUCUGGAUCAAUAUUACCCCAGAAUACGAGGAGUGGUGAUUCUUCCAUCGGUCAAAUGCAACCACAACAUACGUACUCCGACAGCAAUGGCAAUGGGUAUUACCCACAGCAUCAAGGAUUUCAGUUGUUCAGAUUUAAUCCACUUUCAGAUGACAGCGUAAAACGAGGAGAUUUUUCUGGGAAAAAAAGUGAAAGAAUUGUGGUGAAUGGGGCUCGAAACAGGGCCCUGACUAUCAAAUGAACCGUUUCUCGCCAAGGGGUGAAGGGUCUCUCCAGCACUGUUGAAAACUUGAAAUCAUGGAAGCUCUACAUUCUCAAGUGUGAGAUGAGAGCAAAGCUGGAGUCAUUGAUCCUAGCCAACUCCAGGGGAACAUUAAUCCUUGUAAUGCUCUGGGUUGAAAGGCAAAUCAUUCUUGGCUUGGUUUUUUAUUAUGUUGAAAGAGCAACAGAAAAAUGGUACGUACGUAGUAAAAGUAGCUAAAUCAUGUAUUAUGUUAUUUUAUUAUCACAUUUUGGUUUGAAUGUACAAAGUGAGAGAGUAGUAGGCAUUGUUGAGUGAAAAGAUUAAUGGUGAAAUAUUAAAGACUCAUAUUAUUUCUUUUGUCUUAUUUGUUUCGUAUAUUACAAAGUUGGGAG